UCGGGUGACUCGGGUCCCUCCCAAAUUCAUGGCUCCCUCCAGCCGAGAUCCCCUUCGUUGUUGCCAGCAGGAAAAGCAGCUCGCAGUUGGGUGAUUUCUGAGGAUCGAUGGCUUCCAGUCUACAGAACAUUCAAGGAGAUGACUCGGUUCUUUUACGCGUAACUCAUUCUAACAUCAAGACCUUUUCUGCUGAUGUCCGCUUCUCUCUUGAGAUGUCAGUAGAAGCUGUAAAAGAUAAGUUGUGGAAAAAGUGUGGUACUUCUGUAGAUUCAAUGUGCCUUCAGCUCUAUGAUGAUACUGGUGCCAAAGUUGCAGACAUCCAUGAUAACACCAGACCAUUUGGUUUUUAUUCCCCGUUGGCCGGUUACCGGCUGCAUGUUAUUGAUCUUGAUCCCUCAUCAGUAACUUCUGGUGGUUGGUUGGAGGAUACUUCUCUUGUGGAAAAAUACACGAUCUCUGACGAAGCUUAUGGAAAACGUGAUGGUACAUUCAGAAAGUUCAAGGAAAAACUAGCACAGCAAAAUCCUUCCCUUCUGGAGCCUAAAAUAGCGGACAACUACAUGGAAGAUCUUUGCACGAACAUUAAGGUAGGAGAUAGAUGUGAAGUUGAACCUGGGGAGAAAAGAGGUGAGGUGAAAUUUGUUGGUCGUGCUGAAUCACUUGCACCUGGUUUCUGGGUUGGAGUUCAGUUUGAUGAACCACUAGGAAAACAUGAUGGCAAGCAGAAAGGAAAGCGCUAUUUUGAUUGCCCGCCACUUCAUGGUGUGAUGGUCAGACCUGACAAAGUAAAGGUUGGUGACUAUCCGGAGCGAGAUCCGUUUGAAGAGGAUGAGAUAUGAGCAGAUUUGAAGAUUGUUGCGGACAACCUUCGCUUCAUUCAUAGGCUAAAUACACAGGGCUUCUCUAUUUGGUUUUUCCUCCAGAGAUUGGAGGUAGGUGGUUAGAUUUAGGACUAAGACACUGCAAAAAUGGAGAAUUGAGUCCUACCAUUUCUCCAGUCGUCCCUGGAUCUGGGGUUGUAUUCUUGCAACUUUAGAGCGGUGAACACUUUUCUUGAAGUUUCUUAUGUUCGUCUUGUUUGCUCCCAAACCCCCCCCCCCCUCUCUUUUCUCUUCAAACAGAACAAAACAAAUGUGUUUAGGCAUUUGUAUGUUUUGCUGAUGAUAAUUGUUUUAAUCGAGAGGUCUUGUACUGGUGUGUUGGUAA